CCCCUUUUUUCCGCCUUAUCCAAAAUGCAUGUCUUUCUCCAAACCCCUCGUCUCUUCUCCUUCCCUAAACCUCUAAACCUCGUACCCAAAACCCAACCUUUCGACCACCAUUUUCCAUGCCUUCCUUCUCUUUCCAAACCCGUAAACCCCAAAAAAUUCGCAGUUGAGUGCUUUAGCUCGGACGAGUUUCCCGUCGAUGAGACUUUCCUCGAGAACUUUGGCCGAAAGGACAAAGAGACAGAGGAUGAAGCUCGCCGUCGCAAUUGGAUCGAGCGGGGAUGGGCACCUUGGGAGGAAAUCCUUACCCCAGAAGCCAAUUUCGCCAGAAAAUCGCUCAACGAAGGGGAAGAAGUCCCUCUCCAGUCCCCUGAAGCAGUUGAAGCUUUCAAGAUGUUGAAACCCUCAUACAGGCUGAAGAAAAUCAAAGAAAUGGGCCUUACUGAAGAUGAAUGGUAUCAGAAGCAGUUUGAGAUCAAAGGGGAGAUUCCAGAGCCACUGCAGACCCUGUGGACAGGGCCAUUGGUGGUAAGACAUGUGCCACCAAGAGAUUGGCCUCCAAGGGGGUGGGAGGUGGAUAAGGAGGAGCUGGAAUUUAUCAGGGAAGCGCAUAAGUUGCUGGCAGUGAGGAUGGAUUUGGAGGAGCUUGAGAGGGAGGUGAGGACAGAUGAUAAGGAUAUGUGCUUGGACCGAUAUAAGAUGUUCUUGAAGCAGUACAAAGAAUGGGUAGCAGCAAAUAAGGACAGGUUGGAAGAAGAAUCUUAUAAGUAUGAUCAAGAUUAUCAUCCUGGGAGGAGAAAAAGAGGCAAGGACUAUAAAGAAGGCUUGUAUGAGCUUCCAUUUUAUUACCCAGGACAGAUUUGUCAAGGAAAAGUGACCACUUUGCAUCUAUAUCAAGGUGCAUUUGUUGAUAUUGGCGGUGUAUAUGAUGGGUGGGUGCCAAUCAAAGGCAAUGAUUGGUAUUGGAUCCGCCAUCACAUCAAAGUUGGUAUGAAUGUCAUUGUUGAAAUUUUGGCGAAACGUGAUCCUUAUCGCUAUAGAUUUCCCAUUGAAAUGCGUUUUGUCAAUCCUAACAUAGACCACUUGAUCUUUAACAGAUUUGAGUUUCCACCAAUAUUUCAUCGCGAUGAGGAUACUAAUCCAGAUGAGUUACGGCGUGAUUCUGGAAGACCUCCUGUUCCUAGAAAAGAUCCAGGGACAAAACCAGAGGAGGAGCCUUUGUUGUCAAAUCACCCUUACGUUGAUAAGUUGUGGAAUAUACAUGUUGCUGAACAAAUGAUUUUGGCCGAUUUGGAGGCCAAUCCUGAGAAAUACAAAGGCAAAAAGUUAUCUGAGUUGACUGAUGAAGAUGAUUAUAAUGAAGAAAAUAAUGCUAUACAUACCAAAGCCUAUUUCAAGAAAAGCUUACUACCAAAAAUGAUUCUGAAAACAAGUGUUAAAGACCUCGACUUGGAAGCUGCCUUAGCUGAGCGUGAGGUCACUAUUUCAUCCACUGUUUGUAAUCUUUAUUCUUUUGUUCUGGAAGCAAUUCUGCAGAACCCAUUGAUCCAUGGCAGUUCAAGUGAAUAUGAGACUGCCUUAGUAGGCCAGAAGUACCUUCACAAUGAUGUGUUUUCAUCAAUCUGUUGCUUCUGAAGACAGACAAUUUAAGCCCAAGCGUUCCAAUAGUUACAACAAUAGGAAGUGAUUCCAGCUUUAGUCAUUAACUUCAUUUUUCUUUUUUUUUGGCAUGUGUUAACUGGUAAACAAUGGGGCUACUAAGCAGAUUUAU